CAAGACCGCCCCGACCAACGCUCAAGAGCCUACAGAUCCCACUUUCGCGCUUCAUCACUCAACCAAAUGCCAUCGGGCAGGAUACCGACCCCUCCAAAUCGCCACUUCUUUUCUGCGACUCUGAUAUCUCCACCAUGCCUUCACCUACUGAGCCUCCGACUUCGGCGGUAACUUCAACUUCGACUGACACCACGGCUCCAAAUUCGGCGCUAACGCCGGCUUCGUAUCAGGAUUCCUGGGUCAAGUGUCCACGUAAGCGAGGGAGAAGCCAAGACACAGCCGGACGACGACAUCAGACCAAAAAGUUGCGAAGCGACUCACCAAAACAUACCCUGGCGCCUACAAUACCUCGGCCAAGAACGCCUGAACGACAUGUCACGCGAAGGUAUACGUCAGGGUCCUCUGGACCCCCUGAGACCCCCAGCUACUUAAGACCCCUACACCUGAUGGACACGAGCGACGAGUUGAGGCACGACAUCUCCAUUUACAAGAACCCCCAUGGCGACGAAUGGAAGAGGAACUCGCUGUGCAGACACUGCUUCCAGAGCCGCGGCACCUUCAACCGGAUCAUGGCGCAUGGUUAUGAGGCGUGCGGUCGUGAGGAAUGUUUAGACAGCCAUUACUGGGAGCCUACUACUUGUCCCUAUUACUAGGAUAUACGCGCUGGACGCGGUGGGUAUGACAAGAUUGAAUCGAAC